GCAAAACCAUUGAGUACCACGGCACCACACAUUUCCUUCAGCACCGCUCUAGCUAGCUACCUACUAGCUCAUCGCAAGCCGAGGCCGAUCUGGCCUGACCUGAUCUGAUCACUGUGAGAAGACAUGUCGCAGGACGCGGCGUGGGCGCAGGCCGAGCGGGAGCAGCGCCGGCCGUCCACGGAGCCCAUCGGGAUCCCGGCCAUCUCGGGGGCGGCGCGGGUCGCCGAGCGGGAGACGAACCAGCUGGCAGACGACGGCGACGGCGAGGCGGUGCCCCCGCACGUGCUGCUGGCGCGGCGCAGGGCGGCGUCCUCGGUGUGCUCCGGCCAGGGCCGCACGCUCAAGGGCCGCGACCUGCGCCGCGUGCGCGACUCCGUCCUGCGGAUGACCGGCUUCAUCGAGAGCUAGCCUCGGCCUCGGCCAGCGGCGGGUGCCCACGUCGGCCUCGCUUGCUGCCCUGCCCCACCUCGCUGGUCCAGCAUCGUACUAGCGUCAGUAAUGCAGCAGCAACCAGCCCGCCCGAUCCAAACGGUUGAAUAUGUAACGCUGUCUGAGUCAGUACGUCCCUGAUCGGUUGAUUUCCUUUUGUGAGAGAUUGGGUGUUACAGAGGAUGGUCCAUGAGAAUGCAUUUUGUAUUCCUUUGUAAAAUUCAUACCAAAUGGGACGGAGGUGGAUUUAGUCUUAUGUAUAUAUAGGCUAGUAAUUUGUCCUUGAAGAAUUGAAUU